AUGGCGGCUCGUGUCCUUUGCACCUGUGUCCGCCAACUGCCGGCGGCCUUUGUGCCCAGGCUCCCCACACUGGCUGCGGCCCAGCCGCUCAGCACACCCUGUGUUCCCCGUGGGGGCCCGGACGAGGCCUGGGGCUCCGCAGCUGGCCGCAGUGCUCGGUGCUCGGUGCUCGCACAGGUUCCAGGUGGAGUUACACAGCUGUGCCGCCAGUAUAGUGACUCUCCCCCUUCGACAUUAGAGGGAAUUAAGGACCAUGUUCUUUACGUCUUGAAACUCUAUGACAAGACUGACCCAGAACAGCUCUCAGUAAAUUCCCAUUUUAUGAAAGACCUGGUCUUAGACAGUUUGGACCAAGUGGAGAUUAUCAUGGCCAUGGAAGACGAAUUUGGGUUGAAGUUCCUGAUAUAGAUGCGGAGAAGUUAAUAUGCCCACAAGAAAUUGUAGAUUACAUUGCAGAUAAGAAGGAUGUAUAU